UUCACACACUCGGUGGAACAUGUUGAGAGUACAGAACAAGAACAGAUGAAGGAUGCUCUUAUUUCUGCCUACGAGAAAAACAUUUCUAUAAGACUGAAAGCCGAGCUUUGCAAUUCAGAUGCCAAUAGCUGCAUGAAUACAAAAGAAGCUUCUGCUAGGAAUGACAAAUCAGAACAGUGGUGCACAAGUUGGUGGCAUCAGUUCAAGGUGCUGCUCCAAAGAGGGGUUAGAGAAAGGAGGUAUGAAGCCUUCAACAGGCUUCGAAUUUUCCAAGUCAUCAGUGUCGCAGCACUCGGUGGACGCCUAUGGUGGCAUACCCCGGCUUCUCACAUCGCAGACCGCAUUGCACUUUUGUUUUUCUUCUCCGUAUUCUGGGGAUUCUAUCCACUCUACAACGCUGUAUUCACAUUUCCUCAAGAAAGAAGAAUGCUAAUCAAGGAACGUUCUUCUGGGAUGUACUGCCUUUCGUCUUACUUCCUAGCUAGAACAUUCGGAGAUUUACCAUUGGAGCUCGGACUCCCGAUAGCCUUUUUCUUCAUAAUCUAUUGGAUGGGUGGCCUUAAACCUGACCCUGUUACCUUCAUCCUAUCUCUGCUGGUGGUGAUUUACAAUGUGCUUGUCUCUCAAAGCCUGGGGCUAGCCAUCGGGGCUAUUCUCAUGGACGUUAAACAAGCCACUACAUUAGCUUCAGUAACAACGCUUGUGUUCCUUAUAGCCGGGGGAUACUAUGUUCAACAAAUCCCGGCCUUCAUAGUGUGGCUAAAGUACCUGAGCUAUAGCUACUAUUGUUACAAGCUUCUGCUUGGAGUUCAGUACAAGGAGGAGUAUUACGAGUGCUCAAAGGGAAUAUGGUGUAGCGUCGGGGAUCUUCCGGCCAUCAAAUCCGUGGGUCUGAAUAAUUUGUGGAUAGAUGUGUGCAUUAUGGCACUCAUGCUGGUCGGAUAUCGACUCAUUGCUUAUAUCGCACUUCAUAGAGUGCGCUUGAGGUAGAUUCAGAUUUCAGACACGACUGU